AUGCGAGCGUACGGGGAAUUGCAGACCAAAUCGAGCAGCAAUGAGCGUACCAAUGAUCAAUCGACCGAUGCGUUAUCUGCGGAAUUGAGCAACCUGCGAAGCGAGGUGCACAUGCUGCGAAAAGACAAACAGAACCUUCUGGAAGACCUGAAUAUGCAGCAAAACCAGUUCAGCAAAAGCGAUCGGUCGUUGCGACAGCUAUUGGAUCAACUAUCGGCCAGUUCGCAACAGAAUCUGUCAUUAAGAAACGACGUCGCCCUUCUUCGCAAGACAGUGAUUUCGCUUGACGCUGACAAGUUGAACCUGAUUCAGAAGAUCAACGAGAUAGAGAGUGAACUUGCAAGGGCAAAACUGAACGUCGAAAAUUUGACACUUGAACUGGAUAUGGCGAAAGCGGCCCCUUCGAUAGACCCUUCGGUCGCUGACUCUUAUAAUCACCUGCGUCAGUCUUUGCAGCAGAAUCACGAAGAACUCAGUCAACUGAGGGAAGAAAAUCUGGCACUUAAACAGACACUGACGAAUACAGAGGCAAAAUUGUAA